UUACGUACUUCCGCAGAAGUGUUUAAUAACCAGCUUAUCAAACCAACCCAGAGAAACAGAGUAGUGUAGAAAGUAAACAAGGCGGUGUGUUAGGGGAGCUGGCAGGUGUGUGCUGUUCGAGUGGCUGGCUGGUCAGAAUGUCUGUGGUGCCCAGAGUGCGUCUGUCCGGGGGGCUGGAGGUGUGCCGGGUGCUGAAUGGUCUGUGGCAGGUGUCCGGGGCUCACGGUACAGUGGACCCAGUCAAAGCAGUGGAAGCAAUGGACGUGUACGUGAGAUCUGGACUGACAUCGUUUGACAUGGCAGACAUUUAUGGGCCAGCAGAAGAGAUCUAUGGAAACUAUUACAGUCAGUUUAAAUCCAGGUAUGGAGAGACUCCACCAGUGCAGGGAAUCACAAAAUGGGUCCCAAGACCAGGACCAAUGGACAGAAAGGUAGUGGAAAAGGCUAUUAAGCGGUCACUCAGCAGGAUGCAGGUCGACUCACUGGACUGUCUUCAGUUCCACUAUUGGGACUACAGUGACAAAAGAUAUCUUGAGGCUCUGGGUCAUCUUUCAGACAUGCAGCAGGAAGGCAUCAUAAGAGAGCUGUCCCUGACUAAUUUUGACACCCAGCACCUGGAGGAGAUUGUGGACAAAGGCAUCCGUAUAUCCAGUAACCAAGUACAGUACUCACUGAUAGACCAGCGGCCUGCAGCACGUAUGGAAGAGUUUUGUCUAAAGCACAAUAUCAAACUGCUCACCUAUGGUACCCUGGGUGGUGGUCUUCUCUCAGAGCGCUAUCUAAACCAUGCUGAACCUAAAGGUCGAGCUGAGCUCUACACUGCAUCUCUGAGCAAGUAUAAGAACAUGGUGGACUCCUGGGGUGGCUGGGAUCUCUUCCAGGAGCUGCUUGCUGUUCUGUCCUCUGUAGCCAAGCGCCAUGGCUGUUCCAUCCCUAAUGUGGCCACACGCUACAUCCUGGACAAGCCAGCCGUGGGCGGGGUGAUCGUGGGCUGCCGGCUGGGCGUGCAGGGGGCCGAGCAUAUCCAGGACACGUUACAGAGCUUUAAGGUUGAGCUCAGUCCUCAGGACUUAAGUGAUAUUGAGGGGGUUCUGAAGCGAUCCCGGGAUUUGAUGAGCCUCAUAGGAGACUGUGGAGCUGAGUAUAGAGGCUAAAGAAACUAAAUCCAUUUCAGACCCUCUGCAUGAGAGAUACUACAUUAUAACAUUGCCUAACAGAAAUUGGCUAAGCCACUUAGGCGUUUCUUCAGAAAGCUCUGAAAGUAGAAUUGCUGAUAUUCCCUGAUUAAGAUUGAAAUACAACAGAUAUACAUUUUUAAGCUUGCUCUAAUUAUGAAUGUUUGGUCUAUGCAUUGCAAAAUGGCAGCUUUUGCACCAAUCAGUGACAAAACACAUAUUAUAAAAUGCAUUGUUAAUCAGUCACUUCCACAAAAAAUGUGCUUCUGGACUCUUAAAACAGCUGACAUCUCUAAAAAAACAGUACUUUUGACCCCUUCCACUUUAUAAUUAUACACCAAUUUUAAACAUUAUUUUAUCAUUUCAAAAAAUCUGAGGCACUGAACAUUUAAACAGAUCUACCUGUUUCUUCUGGCUCUUACUAAACAAGUUUAGUGUUGUUACUUGGACUUUCACUUGCUUUUACUUAAUGGCACUUUUCAUUUUUUUAUUUAAUUUUAUUUCUUUUUUUACUUUGCUUAAAUAAAAAAAAUAUUUCUAAUGUAAAGCUUGUAAUUAAUUAUGCAACUCACUGAACUGCCAAACUGCCAGGGAAGCACUUCAGUCUGAUAGAGACAUUCCCAGGGAAACGCUUGCCGUGUGUGGGUGAGCAUUAUCCUACUGAAACUGCUGAUCAGGUGGAAGCCCUGCCAUGAGAGGCAGCAACUUUUAUGCCUAAUUCCAUUUUGCCCCUUGGUCCUACCCCUUACCCCUUUCGUUUGCGUGUGCACGAGAAGAGGCAGGGGUGUUUCGAUUCUUGUUAGGCUGGAGGGAUAGGUUAGGGGGCAACACUACAAACCGAGGGGUAUAAGAAUCACUCGUAAUAGUGAUUAAAUAGCAGAACAAGCGACCAAAGAAACCCACAAAUGUACGUUUUUUCCUUGUUAAAUUAACAUUUACACUAUAUUACCAUAGUUUAAUCUGAAGUUUUAAUGUUUUAUGGCCAAAUUCCUCAUAACAAGCACAAAAAAGGUCUCAGUAGUUAGCUAGCUAGCUUACUUUCCCAUUCCACCUUAAAUUAUGCAACAGGCAGCAGGGGCUGCAGCAUUUAAGGCGGAAUGGAAAAAUUAAAUAAAUUAAAAGCUAAUCAAGGCUAAUUUUAGCUCCCCAUGUCCCCUUUCUGAAGACAUACAAUAAAGCCCUAAAGUUAACUAGUUAACCAGCAGCAGCAGCUAGGACACUGAACUUUAGCGCUUGUGAUGAGUAUGGGUGCUUGAAGGGUUGUUCCAAUUCUUAAGGAGAGGAUUUUACCCCUUCCCUUUGUAACUCUGUUCCAUAGGGAAGCAUUAAGUGGUAGGGCCAAGGGAUGAACUGGGAUUGAGCCUAUUAGAAUCCCUUGUAUUAGAGUGGGAUAUUUUAGUUGGCUGAUUACUCAAAGGUGUAAUCGCUGAGUAGGCAGUCAAUAAAGAUAUAUUCCACUCUCUUUAUUCUCUUCUACAGCGGAUUUUGGUUGGGAAGGAUUAUGUGUGUGGGUGUAUGUGUGUGGUUCUACAAAAAACAUAAAUAAAUGUAUCAAUUAACAAUAUAUAAAACAUAUCUAGAACAAUGUUCUUCUCAAAAAUAAGGGAGGGCAUUCAGGGUCAGAGAGGGAGGAGAGGGUCAGCUCUUGUCAGGCUGUAGGCAUUGUAAGCAUUUAGAAAACCAUCAGGGGUGUCAGUGAACACAUUUUAUAUAAUAUAAAUAUAUAUAAUAUAUUGUGGCUAUUUUAUAUUGUGGCUUUUUGAAGCAUUUCUGUUGGUCUGCGCAUUACAGAAUUAUCAAUGUAGAGGACACUCGUUCUACACUGAACCAAAAAUUAAGAAAAAUGUGGUUUUCCAUCAUAUUACACAUUUAAAUAACAAAGAUAACAACACUAUUAUAUUUUAUCAUCAGGUCUUCAAGCAACGGCAUCCCACCCAAUAUCAGAAAGAGGUGGAUUUUUAAAAAUUAAAAACACAGGACCCAACACUACUGAGUUUUUUUUUU